AUGGUGGAGAAUGGUGAAGGAGAAGAAGCUGGAUCGAUGCCUCAUGGUGUUACUGGAGAUGAAUCUGUUGGGCCAAUUCCGUUUCAUGUCAUCAAAUUUGAUACACUUAAAGUUGCAAUCUUUGGUCUAAUUGAAAGGGCUUUAUACUUUCCAAAUUUUGCAACUGCAGACUCUGGAACCUUUGUUAGUGCUUCAGAAGAGAGUGAUGGUGCUCUUGAGUUUGUUGAAAAGAAAAUUGCAAAGGCUACCAUGAUCCGAAGGACCCAUGGAAAGAUUGAUUCCUUCCUAUUGUACUUAUCUGAUGUUGAAGAAGGCAUGAAACCAUGUUUCCUUUUGAGACUUCGCUUCACGGGAGUUUCCAUGUGA